AUGCCAAAGGGAAAAGCUAAAGGUUUCCCUGCGUCAUCCUCCUUGUUUGUGGUGCAUGCGUGCUGGGCCUCGCGAUGGAUGUGCGGGUGCCAUUGUCUGGACUGCCUUACGGCCACGGGCCAGAACCUUGUGCGUGUGUGCGUGUGCGUGCGUGUGUGCGUGUGUAUGUAUGUGUGCGUGUGUGUGUGCGUGUGUGUGUGUGUGUGCCCGUGUAACCCUUCUUCUCCUCGAUGCACAAGCGUAGCCCCUCCACUCUUCCUUGUUCUUUCGCGUUUCUUAUUCGCUUCGUGCCUUCUCCAAUCAUUCCCUUGGGCAAACGCUCUUCUAAACGAAUUUUGA